AUGACUGCACGCCAGCCUAAAGCUCUAAUGCUCCGCGCUGCCUCUGAAAUAAAAGAGGACUCAGUCGCCGAUUCGCGCCUCUGGCGGCCUCCCAAGCUGAGCCGUGUCGCUCACGCCCUGGUUACCCACCCAUGCUUUGGGAACGAGAAAGGUCGAUCUUUCUUCAGUAGUGCCUACCAGAGGGCAUGA